UGGCCGUAAUGGUCCACCGGCUUAACGCCAACUCCUCUCUCUCUCCUCCUCUCUUCCCUCUGCAACUCUCCUCUUCACCGAAGAAGGUAAAGGAGAAAGAAAAGAAAAAUCAAGAAUUUUCUGCUCUUGAUUUAAAGAAAAUAAAAAACAGAAAUUCGAUUAAAUGGGGAAGUUGUUGUGCGAUUCAACAACAACUGUCGCCGAAACGACAUUUCAAACACCAACAUCACCGAUUGUUCACUGGAGGGACGAUCCAAAAGUCACCGUAGAUAAUUCGGAACAGACUCUAACCAUCUCCGAACAAACCACGUGGGAGGACGUGAUUGGCUUGGAAGACCAGCAAAGACGCCACUUGCAGAGGCUCCAAUCCAAAGGCGUGCUAUGGAAGCAUCCCAAGAACGAUGAGUCGUAUCCCGUGGUGGUAUUCAAGCUGUCGCACGGGGGAGACGUGUCGGCGGACGGGAACUGCCUGUUCACGGCGUCGCAGAGGGCGAUGGUGGCGAGUGAGAUUGACGCGCGGGAGUUGAGGAGGAGGACGGCGAGGAGGUUUGUAGAGGACUUUGGAUCUGUGAGUGGGGAAGAAAGGGAGGCGAUAAAUAAUGCUAUAAAGCAUAUGUAUUCGCCGGAUCUGAAGAACGGGUGGGGGAUACAUGUCGUUCAAGAGGUUAAGCUCUUAGCCAAAAAAGAAGAUCGUGUUGCGUUGGAUUCUGCUAUCGAUGAGCUUGUUCUCUUAGGGAUGCAAAGAGAAAUGGCAGCAGAGUCAAUAUACAAAGAGAGGUGUAUGGCGGUGAAUGAUGGCCCGAGUUGGGCAAAAUACAUGUCGAUCUCCGGUUCGCAUGAUGAUGAGUAUGAUAUCAUCACUUUGCAGUAUACUGAGGAAGGUUUGUUAUACAUUGAUGAGAAUAGAAAAGGUCAUGCUGCAGCUUUUGGUGAUGAUAUUGCAAUAGAGUGUCUUGCAACAGAGUUCAAGCGUGAAAUAUAUGUGGUGCAAGCACAUGGAUCCGAUGGAAUGGUUGAAGAAGAAAAUUGUGUCUUCUUUCUCCCACAUCGACCUAGGAGUGAAAUUUGUGAACCCCCCUUCUUUCUCUUUAUGAAGGGAACAGGCUGGUGUGGUGCUGGAGCUGAUCACUAUGAGCCUUUGAUUGCUCAUCCAUCUUCACAUCUUUCACAGGAGAAGGUUGCUGUAGUACUUGGAGGGCAUUAGUCCUGCUGUUUUGUGACUUAGGAGUAGCUGCAUUCUUUUUUCUCCAUAGUGUUCGGCUUGCAAUGUUGUUCUCCUGAUUUUUUUUUCCCAGAUCAUCAGGAGGCUUGCGCAUGACACUCAUUUUUUUAAGAUCAUUUAGCAUUGAUCGUUUGACUCGCAGGUUCACCGCCUGCACUUGAGCAUUCUCGUAGUACUCGUAGUUGGUUUUGUCGGCUUUUUAUUUUUAUUCUUGAGUUUUCAGAGGGGGUGGUUGUAUGAUCUGGUGCGUUUCUGUCCAAAGCUGGAACAGUAUCAUUCUGGUGUAUCGUAAACUGGAUCGAUUCUACUCAAUGAUAGAAUCUACAAGUGAUUUUUUUCC